AUGUCGGCUCUACAGUCUCCAAGCACAAGCACACUACAAACGACAGAUCAAGUCGCUAAUAUGAACAGCAGAGACAUAGGUAAGAUUAUUUCCGAGGAGGAUCAGGAAGAUGAAGAGGAAGAUGAAGAAUUCUAUACCCCUGGCUCGAAUGAGCUCUUCGAGGCAAGGAAAAAGCUUCUAGCGUCUUCGGUUUCCAAAGCGGCAGAACGAAUAGAGAAGCAGACCCAAUUGGCAAAAGAAUUCAACAUGGCACGAACUCUCAGGCAUCGCCACAUCAUAGCUCUGUACAUGGAGCUGUUGGAGCUCGAUGCCUCGUAUACUAUGAAGGGAAAUACCAGGGCACUUGGCAUGGCUAGAUUCAAUAAGGACAGCACUCGUGUGGCAUGCGCAUCCUGGGACGGUAGCAUAUUCAUUUUGGAUCGCAAAGACACUGUAUUAAAUCAGGUGCUGCGGCUGAGCCCAGGUUUUCAUACCGAGAAGGCGGUCGUUGAGUGGAGCCCAUCUGACAGCCUGUUCUUGAUCUCGGGUGGUGCUGAGGGUAGCGUGAAUUUUUGGAAGGUGGAUGAUCUGGAGAUUAUGAAACCCACAGAAACAUUAAAACGUGCGCACUCAAAUCGUAUUGCACACAUAACAUAUCAUCCAAGUGGGGAGUACUUCGCAACGACUUCGUUUGACCAAACAUGGAAGCUAUGGGAUGUGCAAAGACCUGAAAUCGAGUUAUUGGAACAAGAGGGACAUUCCAAAGAGGUGUAUGCUGCAUCUUUUCAUCCGGACGGGAGUCUUCUAGCGACCGGUGGUCUCGAUGCGAUUGGACGUGUGUGGGACCUAAGAAGCGGAAGAUCUAUUGCUGUUUUGAGCAAACACGCGAAAGGAAUCUAUAGCAUGGAUUGGUCACCAAAUGGCUACCAUUUAGCAUCAGCUAGCGGAGACAACUCGGUCCAAAUUUGGGAUUUGCGUAAAUCUCAGGACCAGGCCUUGUUUUCUAUUCCAGCCCAUACCAAAUUGGUGAGUGGAGUGAGAUUUCUUCGGAAUUGCACUCGUAACAUCAUCACAAAACCUGUUCGCGACGAAAAUGAGAACGACGAACGUGUUCUAGAGGUCAACGGAACAGUGCUUAUCACCUCGUCGUUUGAUGGAACUGUGAAAGUAUGGUCUGCGGAUAAUUGGGUUUGCUUGAAGACGUUACGUGGGCACAAUGAUAAAGUAAUGAGUUGUGAUAUGAGUACAGACGGUGAUAGCAUAAUCAGCACAGGUUGGGAUCGUACACUAAAGACGUGGAUACCGAGCUAA